CCUGCACUACAGCUGGAACUGAAACAGAUUUACUUGUUACACAAGUCACAAAACGUCUAUCUUUCCUGGCUCCAAUCGCAGAGGUGAACCUGCAGCUAUAAGUGCUUUUGGAUGGAGGAGGGACGGACCCGCUUCCCAUUGACAAAAGGUAUGAAGAACUGAGUAUCUGAGAUGGCAAGCAGAUCAGCCCUGUCCACUGCUCCAGGUGGACUAAGACAUGUUGGGAGUAAAUUCCGAGAUUCCCUCUUUCUCCUGGAUGUUCUAUAUGCGGAUCAGUAUGAUGGAGAGAUUUUUAAUCAACAACUGGCUGAGGAGACAGAAGAAAACUUUUACAAAGGGGCUCCCCCCAACUGGCUCAAUUUCCACACCAGUGAGCAUCCUGAAUUUAAAAGUGGUUUCAUCCAACGAGAUGGAUUUGAAACUCUUAAGAACCAAAUUGUGGAAAAAAGCAAACUCCCUGCGGUAUCAGCUGUUAAACUGUUUCACCAGCCAGGAAGUGGAGGAACAACCAUGGCCAUGCAGGUGUUGUGGGACUUGAGGAAAACUUUUCGAUGUGCUGUUUUAACAGACUCAACCUCAGACAUCACAAAAGUUGCAAAGGAGGUGGUUUUCCUUUACACAGCAGGUGAUCAAGGCCACCAGAACACAGUGUUGUUGUUAGUAAAUGAUGAGCAUGUUCUGGACAAACUGCAGGACAGCAUUAUGCUGACCAUUGCUGAACAAGAGAUAGUCACCCGUAUGCCUGUAGCGAUUUUACUCAGCUGUGUGAGAAAGGAUGUCCUGGUACAGAAAGGCCCCGUUGUCCUGCAGAGAGUUCUGUCAGAUGCAGAAGAGAAGAAAUUUAAAAAGAAAAAAAAGGAGCUUAUCGCAAGGUAUGGUGAGAAAAUAAAACUAUUUCAUGGCUUUAACAUAAUGCAAAGUAAUUUUUCUCAAGAUUACAUCAAGCAAGCAUGCGAAGUAUUCAGCUCAGUCCGAAAAGCAAACAGACCACAGAAGACCCAGCUGGCUGCCUACCUGUCCCUGCUGAACGCCUACGUACCAGGUUCAUAUCUACUGGAGUCUCAGUGUCUGGACUUCCUCAACCCUCACGGUUUUGUCCAUGGAGACCUUACAGUUAAGGAGUUGAUGCAGCCCUAUGGUGAUCUCAUCAUCACCUUCCAACAAGAUGAAAGGUCUGAGAGAAAGGUCCGCAUGGCUCAUCCAAUGAUAGCGAAGUGCUGCACUGAACUCAUGGCUGCAGCAGGAGUGACCAGAAGUGACACAGCAAGAAACUUCCUGAACAAUUUUUGCAAAUAUGCAGAAAGUGAUGAGUUUCCUCAAUGUGUGCUUGGGUUUGUCAAAGACAUGCUAACCAAAAGAGAGAUGAAAACAGAGGACCCAGUCAAUACUUCAGAUAGUAAAGAGAAUCAAGAAAGGUUUUCAAGACUCAUUCUAGAUAUUCACAAGAUGGAGGGAAGCAAACAGAGUGCCUCAGUUUUAAAGGUGGCAUCAAAGAAAUUUAAGCUAAAUCCAUUUUUCCCUCAGGCCCUUGCUCGUUUUUAUUACAUCGAACUAAAAGACUACAAUCAGGCAGAGAUUUGGGCGAAAAGAGCGAAUGAGAGAGAUCCCCAAAAUUCAUUUGUUGCAGAUACACUGGGGCAAGUCCAUAAGAACCACCUGAAUAGCAAAGGAGUUUCUACCAAACCAAGAGAAAUUCUGCAGCUGGCUGAAAAAGCCAUUAAUGCUUUCAAGCAUGAAGAACAGCUAGCUGAUGCUGAACAAGAGCCCGACAUGAACGAUGACAGCAAGACUAAAGUCUUUAAUUCCAGAGGGCUCUUUGGUUUCCUGCAGGUCUGCAAUAUCUUGUAUGACAAACUUGUCCAUCAAAACAACAUCUGGAGAGACGUUCUCACACAAGCUGUGUCCUUGUGCUCUGUCCUGGACACACUUGGAGAUAACAAAAUCUUCAGAUUCAAUGAUCUUAUAAAAAGCCUCAGACCAGAAGUUGAGAGAAAAUGUGAUUUUUUUGACAAAUAUCUGACAUACUCCAAGCUUAACAUAGAAAAAGAUGAUCCUGAAUACAUAUCUAAGGACACCUUGCACUGCCACAGGAAGUUUGUUGGAGACUCACCACACAAACAAGUCAAACAAAAGAUUGCUGAACACAUGCAGAAGCUUAAACAAAAGCUAGCUGAUACCACUGCAGGGGUACUGGCAUGUCUCGACCGUGAACAUACUGAAUCAGACCUUAAAGAAAUAACUACAUGGUGGAAGGAAAUUUGCUCCAGUAAAAAUCCAGGAAUAGCCGUGGUCAACUACAUUUUUGCUCAUAUCAUUUUAAUGAACACAGGCGGGAGCUCUCCCUUAAAACGCAAACCGUUCACAACAUUUAGAGAGAAAAUACCCCUGAAACUAAACGAUCCGCCUGAACAGCACAUGCUAGCCCUCCUCUUGUACUGGCCUUCGGGGAAUGAAGACAGAUGUAUCUUUGACCUCAGUCAAUUAAUCCAGCAAAUGCACUGUUCUUAUGAAAAUACAUACAAGAAGCAUUUUCGAUUAAGGUACCUUCGCCCCCUGUUUUUCCUUGGAAAAGGACAAGAACUGAACAGGACCAUUCACAGAAAAGUUCUUGAGAUGUUGUUUUAUGAGGAAAAUCAGGAAACUAAACCAGACUGGAGCUAUAACUGGAGAAAUGAGAACAUUUUUAAAAAUUCUGCCGUCCAAGACCGUCUUCUCAAAGUAGAAGGAGUUGUACGAAACUACAGAGUGUAUGCAUCUGUUGGUGGCACAGAGAUUGAAGUGGAAGCCAAUCUUCAAAGAAGCCUGUGGAGAUCCCGCAAAGUUUCCUUUUACCUCGGAUUCACCAUCAGAGGUCCUGUGGCCUUUGAUAUCCAGACAAAAACUGAAGACAAAGGGCCUUCUGGAGGACUCCUUGAAGCUCGUGCCAAAUAAAGGUUCCUGGGUGUUCCAGUUGGGUGGGCAGUGCUGCAGCUGUGAUUGUAGAGGGUGAGGCCAGAGACUCCACCCAGCACCGCAGCAGCCGUGUCCUCAGAGGAAGUCCUGCAGGUGCAGAGGGACACCAUCACCACUAUAAACCAGGUGGACAAGGAGCUGCAGGAGAUAAAGACCGUCUGGACAGAAUUUGGGACAAUAAAAAGGCAUCAUGUAAAAAUUUAUAAAUAAAUAGAAAUCCACCUCUUACAUGUUUCAUAAGUGUUGCAUCACUUGUGUGGUGUGAAAGAUAUUAGUGGAUUGUGCACAAAUGUCUCACAUUUCCCAUCAUGUCCUUGGUUUUACUUUGUACUGUUGGUAAUUGUAAAUACAUUUAUUGGGAUACUCAUCAAGGAAUUACUUAGGUGUGCUACUUAUUUUAAUUUAUAUUCUUAUUCUAUUAAUCAUAUUAAAUAUAUCUCAUCUUCAAGCUCAUAUACUUACUAACAUGUGUGCUAGUGUGCUUAAGCAAUAAUGAGACUCUUCAUAUGAGGUGGGUGAGAAGAACAUGUGACGGGCUGACUAAUUGUGUGUGAACAUGUGAAAUAUUAUAUUUCAAGGAAGUGUCUAAGUUAACCGGAGUCUAGAGGAAAGCUCCUUUUUGUCUGUGUAUUGUCUUCUUGUUCCUAUUUUUUAGAACACAAGCAGAUGGGUUCACAGGACCUGUGACUGCAUCUGACCCAAUUCCUGCAACUGCACCAUUAGUCAGCUAAACUGUGUAUAGAAAGGAGGAGCUGUAAUAUAUAAGGGUCCAGAGACAGAGAGUGGAGGUCCUGUCUGUAGCGGCCAGCAGGACAUUUCUUAUGUCUGUUUGUCAGGGAUAGAUAUGGACCCGGGGUUCUGUAAUUCCCACAUUCCCAUACCUUUUAAAUUAAUAAAUUGUUAACUGAGAGAAGUAGUUUGUCAUCUAUGCUCCAUCAAAACGAACAUGCAGGAGAAGAACCUAAAGAGAAAGG